GAACAACGAACAUCCGGUCGGGUUGGAAAGGUAUGUGUUGUGUGAAAAACCAGACGUCACAUGAGAAUUCGAAAAAUGUCAACAAGUUUUUUUUUAUUCAGAGAUCUUUGUGUUUUUUUUUUUUUUUAAUUUCUGACAUAUCGGAAAAUGCCUUUUUGAAAAAUUUCAAAUGAACAAAUAAAAUAUAAUGCAGACAUAAAUGUUUUCCUGCAUGAAAAUUGACAGGGUAAAAGAGUUCAAAGGUCAGGUUUAAUGGAUUUUUAAAAUAUAAUAAUAAGGAUAUAAUAUAUAACCAAUGACGGUGCAAAGAGCACUAGACUCAAUGUGGUGGAUGUCUGUUGAGGUUGGAUAUAUAAGAGUUGUACUCACAAGUGAUAGCUCAGUGUGAUUUUCGUUCAAUAAAGCAUCAUAAAAUAAAACAUAAAAUUAAAAAAAUUAAUAUGUCGAUGAAAGAUGGUAAUUUGAUUCUAGCUGAGGCUCUGAGAGAUCAGGGAAUAAAGAAUGUGUUUGGUAUUAUGGGACAUCCGGUUAUCGAAUUAGCGUUAAUGUUGCAAGGUAUUGGCAUUCAAUAUUUGGGCUUUAGGAAUGAACAAGCGGCGUGCUACGCAGCUCAAGCUUAUGGAUAUUUAACAAAGAAACCAGCGGUGGUUCUAUGUGUAUCUGGACCAGGAGUACUGAACGCAGUAGGCGGAAUGGCAAAUGCUCAAGUUAAUUGUUGGCCGGUAAUUGUCCUUGGAGGAUCUUGUCCAGAGGAUCACGAAGGCAUUGGUGGUUUUCAAGAAUAUCCACAAGUUGAGGCAUGCCGACUACACUGCAAAUAUGCUGCAAGACCUCCAUCAGCAGCAUUAAUUCCAUUACAUGUUGAAAAGGCUGUUAGACUUGCAACGUAUGGCCGGCCAGGGGCGGCAUAUUUAGAUCUUCCGGCGACUCUUUUACGAUCACAAGUAUCUGAAGAUGCGGUAGUAAAAGUUUUACCUUGUCCACCACCCCCCCUUCUUUUUCCACAGCCCAAUCUAAUUAAUGAGGCUGCUACUUUGAUUUUCAAUGCGAAAAGACCAUUAGUCAUCAUUGGCAAAGGAGCUGCUUAUGCUCAAGCUGAGUGUGAAAUAACGGACUUAAUCAAUUCAACGGGGUUGCCAUUUCUUCCUACACCAAUGGGUAAAGGCGUCGUUUCGGAUUAUAAUGAAAAUUCAGUUGCAAGUUCACGAACAUCGGCAUUGCUUCACGCUGAUGUUAUUCUUCUCCUCGGUGCCAGAUUGAAUUGGAUGUUGCAUUUUGGACGUGCUCCACGCUUUCAGAAUCAUGUAAAAAUAAUUCAGAUUGACAUUUGUCCUGAGGAAUUGCACAAUUCAGUCGUUUCAACCAUCGCCAUUCAAGCCGAUUUAAUUCCAAGUGUCAGUUUAUUAACAGACUCCCUAAAGAAACAACAUUAUCAUGUAAACAAGACGGAUAAAUGGUGGAUACAAUUAUUAACUGAUGGACAAAAGAAUAAACAAAGAAUUCAAAGGAUGUCAGAUGAUAUUUCUGUUCCUUUAAGUUAUUACGCAGCAUUCAAAUGUAUUCAACAAUUUAUUCCCAAAGAUUGUAUAAUUUGCUCUGAGGGUGCAAAUACAAUGGAUAUUAGCCGAAGUAUCCUUCUCAAUUCAAAGCCACGUCAUAGAUUGGAUGCAGGGACUUUUGGAACAAUGGGAGUGGGCUUGGGAUAUGCCAUUGCUGCGGCUCUUUAUUACAAAGAUGUAACUUCAAAAAAAAGAGUUAUUUGCGUCGAAGGUGACAGUGCUUUUGGAUUUUCAGCAAUGGAAAUCGAAACAAUGUUCAGAUAUAAACUGGCUAUAAUUAUUAUUAUUUUCAAUAAUAAUGGAAUAUAUGGUGGAACAGACAAAGAAACAUUCAAACAAAUUCAGAAUUCUGGAGAGCCGACUAAAGUAGUGUCUCCUCAGUUGUUAACCUCUGGGACCCGUUAUGAAAAAAUGAUGGAAAUGUUCGGAAGACAAGGCCAUUACUGUGAGACCGUUCACCACAUUCAAAACGCCAUUAAAAUUUCUCUUGAGACAUACGACGCACCAAGUUUGAUCAACAUUGUGAUAAAUCCAUCCGCCGAGCGUAAGGAGCAAAAAUUCAGUUGGUUAACUGAAUCGAAGCUAUGAAUUCCAAAAACGAGUAAAAAGUGUAUUGUCGGAAUAUAUUACAACUUCAUUUUACACAAAUUCAACUUAGACUUGAAAUGAAUAAUAAAUAAUUUGUAGUCUGUGUAUACAUUUUCGUAGAAAUACUGAAAAUUAUUAUUAUUAUUAUUACUAUUA